CUCGCGCUCCUACGUCACGGCGCGGGCGGAAGAUGGCGCGGCUCCUUGCCGGCUGCUGCUGAUCCGGCAGAGCGGAGUCGGAGCCCCAACUCUGGCCCGGCUCCACUGCCUGCGAUCAGCCAUCACCAUGUCACUGCUGCAGUCCGCGCUCGACUUCCUGGCGGGUCCCGGCUCCCUGGGCGGCGCUGCCGGCCGCGACCAGAGUGACUUCGUGGGGCAGACUGUGGAGCUGGGCGAGCUGCGCCUGCGGGUGCGGCGAGUCUUGGCUGAGGGAGGAUUUGCAUUUGUGUAUGAAGCCCAAGACCUGGGAAGUGGCAGAGAGUAUGCAUUAAAGCGAUUACUGUCCAAUGAAGAGGAAAAGAACAGAGCCAUCAUUCAGGAAGUUUGCUUCUUGAAAAAACUCUCCGGCCACCCCAACAUUGUCCAGUUCUGCUCCGCAGCAUCCAUAGGAAAAGAGGAAUCAGACACAGGCCAGGCAGAGUUCCUGCUGCUCACAGAGCUCUGCAGAGGGCAGCUGGUCGAAUUUCUAAAGAAAAUUGAAGCUAAAGGCCCUCUGCCCUGUGACACCAUCCUGAAGAUCUUCUACCAGACAUGCAGAGCUGUGCAGCAUAUGCACAGGCAGAAGCCACCCAUCAUCCACAGAGACCUCAAGGUUGAGAACUUGUUGCUUAGCAGCCAGGGGACCAUUAAGCUGUGUGACUUUGGCAGUGCCACCACCAUCUCCCACUGCCCCGACUACAGCUGGAGUGCCCAGAGGCGAGCCGUGGUGGAGGAGGAGAUCACAAGGAACACCACACCCAUGUACAGGACACCGGAGAUCGUGGACCUGUAUUCCAACUUCCCUAUCGGCGAGAAGCAGGACAUCUGGGCCCUGGGCUGCAUCUUGUACCUGCUGUGUUUCCGGCAGCACCCUUUUGAGGAUGGAGCAAAACUGCGGAUCGUCAAUGGGAAGUACUCGAUCCCUGCAAAUGACACACGGUACACCGUCUUCCACGACCUCAUCCGUGCCAUGCUGAAGGUCAACCCUGAGGAGCGACUGUCCAUUGCAGAAGCCGUGCGCCAGCUGCAGGAGAUUGCAGCGGCCAGGAACGUGAACCCCAAGGCGCCCAUCACGGAGCUGCUGGAGCAGAACGGAGGCUACGGGAACCCAGGGCCGUCCCGGGCACCUCCCACUCCCGGAGGUCCUUCGAGCAGCAGCUACAGUGCAGUCCUGGCCUUAGCAGAGUAUGACCAACCGUACGGCGGUUUCUUUGACAUCUUGCGGGGUGGGACAGAGCGGCUCUUCACCAACCUCAAGGACACCUCCUCCAAGGUCAUCCAGUCUGUGGCCAACUAUGCGAAGGGCGAUCUGGACAUAUCUUACAUCACCUCCAGGAUUGCUGUGAUGUCAUUCCCCGCCGAGGGCGUGGAGUCAGCUAUCAAAAAUAACAUCGAAGAUGUGCGGUUGUUUCUGGAUGCCAAGCACCCAGGUCACUAUGCUGUCUACAACCUGUCCCCGAGGACCUACCGGGCCUCCAAGUUCCACAACCGGGUCUCCGAGUGCGGCUGGGCCGCCAGGCGGGCCCCAAACCUCCACAGCCUGCACACCAUCUGCAGGAGCAUGCACUCCUGGCUGCGGCAGGACCAUAGGAACGUCUGUGUCGUGCACUGCAUGGAUGGGAGAGCUGCAUCUGCCGUGGUCGUCUGCGCCUUCCUGUGUUUCUGCCGUCUGUUCAGUACUGCCGAGGCUGCUGUGUACAUGUUCAGCAUGAAGCGCUGCCCGCCGGGCAUUUGGCCGUCCCACAAAAGGUACAUCGAGUACGUGUGUGACAUGGUGGCUGAGGAGGCCAUCACGCCCCACAGCAAGCCGUUGCUGGUGAAGGCCGUGGUCAUGAGCCCUGUGCCGCUCUUCAGCAAGCAGAGGAGUGGCUGCAGGCCUUUCUGUGAGGUCUACGUGGCGGACGAGCGCGUGACCACCACGUCUCAGGAGUAUGACAGGAUGAAGGAGUUUAAGAUCGAGGACGGCAAAGCAGUCAUCCCCUUGGGCAUAACAGUUCAAGGCGACGUGCUCAUUGUCAUUUACCACGCCAGGUCCACCCUAGGUGGGCGGCUGCAGGCCAAGAUGGCGUCCAUGAAGAUGUUCCAGAUUCAGUUCCACACUGGGUUCGUGCCUCGGAAUGCAACUACCGUGAAGUUUGCGAAGUAUGACUUGGAUGCGUGUGACAUUCAGGAGAAGUACCCAGAUCUGUUCCAAGUGAACCUGGAGGUGGAGGUGGAGGCCAGGGACAGGCCGUGCCGGGAGGCGCCACCUUGGGAGAAUGCCAGCAUGAGGGGGCUGAACCCCAAGAUCCUGUUUUCCAGCCGGGAGGAGCAACAGGAGAUCCUGUCCAAGUUUGGGAAGCCAGAGCUGCCCCGGCAGCCGGGCUCCACGGCUCAGUAUGACGCCGAGGCGGAGUCUCCGGAGGCUGAGCCCACAAACUCGGACUCGCUGCAGAGCAGCAGCACAGAUGCAAACCACUUCCUCCACACGCUGGACUGGCAGGAAGAGAAAAAAGCAGAGACUGUUGUGGAAGGGUCUUCUAAGCAGAGCCAGGCUGUCCUGGUCGCAGACAGAGACGGCAGUGAAACGUCGGAUGAAGAGGCGUCCCCGUUCCCCGGUGGAGACCGCCAGCCUGGCGUCAGUGAGGACCCGCCAGGCCCCAUGGCAGGCACCCAGCACCAAGACCUGAUCCUCGAUGCAGCCACGCCAGCCUUUCCUCAGGAGGCCAGACUGAAGGACGAUGGUGUGGACCUCCUCGGGCUGCACUCCCAGGCCAGCCCAGUACCAGCGGCCUCUGCAGAGACCUGCAGGGCCCCCUCCAGCAACACUGACCUGCUCAGCUGUCUCCUGGGGCCACCCAACGACCUGCUGGGCGGCGAGGCCCCCCUGCUCCUGGCAAGCCCGGAGCUGCCUCUGAGUGCUCAGAGCACCCCACAAGGAGCGCCCCCUGCCACGGAUGACCCAUUCGACCCGCUCCUGCUGGCUCCCGACGCCAAACCCCAGCCCUGUUCCCAGCCUGACCUCUUUGGCGAGUUCCUGCAUGCGGACCCUGUGGCAGCCCCAGCGCCCUUCCCCUACACCAACAGUGCCCCACCGCCAUCCUGCACUGCCUUCCUGCCCUUGGGAGACCUGCCAGCGGAGCCUGGCCAGGUGACGGCCUCUUCCAGCCACCUGGACCUGCUGGGGGGAUGGGAUGCCUGGGCCGAGGCUGCUGUGCCCGGACCUGCCUCGGGAGGGCCUCUCUUCCCUCCCGGAGCUCAGCCAGUCCCUGCUGGCCCCCAGCCCAGCCAGACCAAGUCUCAGAGCCUGGACCCAUUUGCCGACCUUGGUGACCUCCGUGGCCUCAGCUCCAGCCUCCCAGGCCCAGCUGCUGGACCCCCACCCGGGGGCUUUGUUCCCAAAACAGCCCCUUCACCCAAAGGCGGCAGCUCCUGGCAGACGAAUCGGCCGGCCCAGGGUACCUCGUGGCCCCCCCAGAUCAAGGUGCCCCCCAAAACCGGUGCACCACAGAGGCCAAACUAUGCCAUGAGCUUCAGCGUGAUCGGGGACCGGGAGGACAGGGGGGCCCGCGUGGCCAGCUUUGCCCCAAAGCCAAAGGUCUCAGAGAACGACUUUGAAGAUCUGUUGCCCAACCAAGGCUUCUCCAAGUCUGACAAGAGGGGCCCAAAGACCAUGGCAGAGAUGAGGAAGCAGGACCUCGCCCGAGACACGGACCCCCUCAAGCUGAAGCUCCUGGACUGGAUUGAGGGCAAGGAGAGGAACAUCCGCGCACUGCUGUCCACGCUGCACACGGUGCUGUGGGCCGGGGAGCACCGCUGGACGCCCGUGAGCAUGGCCGACCUGGUGACGCCGGGCCAGGUGAAGAGGCAGUACCGCCGCGCGGUGCUGGUCGUGCACCCGGACAAGGCCACAGGGCAGCCCUACGAGCAAUACGCCAAGAUGAUCUUCAUGGAGCUCAGUGACGCCUGGUCAGAGUUUGAGAACCAGGGCUCGCGGCCCCUCUUCUGAGGCCCUGGGGCAGCUUGCAGGUGCUCACACGGCCAAGGUGGGGGUCCUGGCAGAGGCUCCCGGGGCGCCUGGCGUGACCCUGCUGCUGCAGCCCGAGCAGCCCAGGCCCCAGCCCCCCGCGGCCCUGUCCCUGCGUGUCCUGCACAGAUGCCCUCCCGCAGCGCAGGACGGAAAACAUUCCAAAGCUGAUGUUCGUUCCUUUUUUUUUCUUGUCCCAGAGGAACAGUGUAGAUUUAUGCUCCUCCCACAAUUGUCGCACUUCGUGAUUCUUUCCAUGUCUGGUGGCUGUCACCUCUCCAGCACGCUGUCGACUGCGUGUUGUGCUGUCGCUUCCCAGGCUGGAGUGUCCCGCUUUGUAAUCAGUCUGAUGAUCGUCUGUACAUAAUUAAACUUUUUCUGACGAC